AUGGAACCUCUAGGGAACCCUCGUCCUUACUCUGUAUGUAUCACCAGAAACAAAAAUUGUCCCCAAAACUGCGAAUAUGCGAAAUAUUUUCCAUAUAAAUUGCAAUGUCAAUAUGAAAGUGCUAAUGAAUUGUUUGGCACGCCAAAUAUCAUUAAGAUGAUGAGGCAUGCUCCCGAAGAAAAAAAACAAAUACUAGCAACUUCCAUAAUCAUGGAAGGUAAUGCUUGGACAAAGGAUCCUAUAAGUGGUGGAUUCGGUGUGAUGCAAAAGAUCAUGUGGAAAAGCAUCAGAGUCUAUAUGUGGACGGUUUCUAGAGAGGCAGAAAAUUCUUCAGAGGUGCUUAUGGAUCUAACUAAAGGUGGUAUCAUCAACUGUAGAACAUGGGAUCAUUUUAGCCUUUGUUCUGGUUUAGCUAACUGUGUAAGAUAG